UCAUCAACUUGUUUUACUCUGACUGCAUCGAAUCCAUCCGUUACUUUAGAUUAUGGAAACGAAGUUGGAGGGUUCCCGUUCAUCGAUAUUUCGAACAUAACUGCUUCUGGUAUCCAAAUCGAAACAAGAUAUUCCGAGGCCAAAGCAAGCUUAGACCUCCCACAAGCCGACGGGCCUUGGACCUAUUCAAACGGAUUAAGCAAUACCUUCAGAAUUGAGACUUUUGAUGUUUCGUCCACAGGAAGACAACAAUCAUUCUUUAUUCAGGGAGGACAGAGAUGGCAGGCCCUCAAACUUCUCAGUGAAGAAAGAUUGACCAUCUGCGGCGUUGGUUUUGCAAGCGGUAAUGACAUCAGGGCGCCGGAAGACUUGCCCGGACAAUUUGAAAGCUCCAACGAUAUGUACAACAAGGUCUGGGCGCUGGGAGUAAGAUCCACACAACUGUCUUGCAUUGCCAAAGGGACCGCGCCUUCGACUUGGAAAAUCACUGAAGAUGGAGCUUUUAUUCGCGGCCAAGCCCCUGCACAGUCCACUCUCGGGACCUCGUUCAGCAAUUACACGUUGACCUUCUCGACUAAGAUUGCCCGCGGCGGUGUCGGAUGGAGAGCUGCUGCAGGACUCAAGGGCUAUGGACCGUAUUUUGUGCUUACAAGUGAAUAUCCGGAAGGUACUUUUCUCAACACCAAUCGGACCCUUCUUCCACCCAACACACUUGUUGCAAAUUUUGGCUGGAGCCUUGUCAAUCAAACGACCUUGAUUACGGGUCCGAACGUUUAUUAUACCCGACCAUUCGAUGUAAAACAGGAUGUGUGGUACAAAAUUUCCACAUCCGUUAACGCCACUGGCUAUACCAUCUCAAUUGAUGGACAAGGCUCUGUCUUUGUAUCAAACGGCCUUGCUCCGGCCGAUUGGAAAUCUAAUCGCGCAUCUUCCGGCGACAAAACACAAGGAACAUGGGGAUUUGGGCCUUUCCAAGACCAGGAGGCCUACUACACUAACGUCAUUGUUAAGGCCGCGAACGGAACAGUGGUCUAUCGAAACAACUUGACCGAUGCUUCCACUCUAGAAGAGUAUGGCGUCUCUGACAGUACACACGAUGUCUGCCUGGACGGUGCAAAGAGAGAUCGUUUGGUCUGGACCGGUGAUUAUUACCACACCCAGCGGAUUAUCGGAGCGAGCACAAAUGAUUCGGACUUCUCCACUGGAACGCUAUCGUAUGCUUUCCAGUGGCAAGCACCGUCGGGCUCCUCGUUCGCUGGCUUCUCUGGAAUGUCUGCAGCCAUGGGUGCUUCACCAAAUUACGGCACAGAUUCGGCCGGAUACAACCUCAUGGAUUACCAAUUCCUUUAUGUGACCGCCAUUGCAGAUUACUUUCAAUUUAGCGGGGAUUACUCUUUCCUCUCAAGCUACUGGUUGCAGUUGAAAACACUCGUCGAAGCUCUUCUUCUUGUUGUUGAUCGCGACUCUGGCCUUGUAUCAACCGGACCCUAUCCAGGCUACUUCUUCCUUGGUCUCCCAAGUGGAACCGCUCCAUCGGCAUCCUUUGUACUUGCUCUCAACAAAGCAGCUUCUCUUGCUCGUGCAGUUGGCGAGAAUAACACCGCCAACUCCUGGGAAGCGACAGCCACCAGCAUCAAGAAUGCCGUCAACACUCAGCUAUGGAAUGCUGAAGUUAGUACCUACGUCCAAUCGAUCGACAAUUUGGAUAGCUUCUCUAUCAACGACAUCGCUUUCGCUAUAUUGUCAGGAGUAGCACCUACAGAGCGAGCUGCCUCUGCAAUUGCCGCUCUUGACACUCUGCGCCUCGGGAUCGGAUACAAGAGCACGUCAACCGUAACGACUCCCGCAAAUGAAACAUCGUUAUCACCAAACUAUCUAGGCUUCUUGCUUGAAGCUCUACUUAAGACAAGCGAAGACUUCGCAUUUUUGUCGUCUGUAAAUGCUACCAACACAACAAUAAAAAUUCCUCCACAAGUUUCAAAUGCUAUAUCGGUCUUGCUUGAUCAGUUGUGGCCGGCAAUGGUUACAAAUGACUUGUUCGCUACCGGUUCAGCUUGGGAAUACGUCUACGGAGACGGCCGUCCGGGGCUCGACGCGUACACUUCGCACGCACACCCUUGGGGCGGCGCGCCCACUUACGUACUGUCUGAGUAUGUGCUCGGCGUGCGUGCAACAAGCCCGGGUUACAAAACAUGGGAAUUUGUGCCUUCUGUUUCGGUCACGAGAGACGUAGACGUGGAGUGGGUCAAGGGUAGAAUGCCAGCACCAGGAGGCGGUAUUGAGGCGGAGUGACGGAGGGAGAAGAGUGGCGGCGUAAGAGUGAGCGUCUGUGGGAUCAAAGGUACCAAGGGUACAAUAAGGGUUCCGGGAAGAAAAAAAGUAGAUGUUGACGGAGAUGUUUGUAUAGAUAAGGUACUGUGAUUUUCAGGAUUCCCUGCUAGCCUCGGGACGGAAUCACAGCUACUAAAACCAAUUACAUC